AGUGUAAGAGAAACGGCAUUAAACCAGAUCAUCAAGGGACUAUCAAACAAAUACAGACAUGACCUUUUAGAUGGCAAAAUGAGUUCUUGGAUUGAUCCUGUCAAGCGAUGUGCCCGUCGCGAUGGGCCCGAAGGCAUUCUUGCCAAUAGAGUUUUAUCUUUGCUAUGGAUUUCUGGAGGAAGCCAACCAGCCUUUUAUGACGAUGUAAUCAAAAUAUUGCAAGAUGGUAUUCGAGAUGGGUCUAGUGAAAUCAAGCCAUCUAGUAUUAUCGCGCUUGCCAUUAUCUCGUUAAUUGAGGAUAUGGGAGAUUCUGCUACAUGGGAGCUGCUAGACUAUUUUGAAGAUGUAAUCUCAGCUCAUGACGAAGAAGAAAUUGUGAUUCAUGCUGCGGUAGAAGCCUAUGGAUUACUGUAUCCAUCGGCUUCUACUCGACAAGGGCAAGAAGGCUAUAAUCGAAUUUUAGAUGCACAUGUAGAGUUACUUGAAUCAGAUGAUGUGGAUGUGCGCAUUGCUGCAGGUGAAAACAUUGCCAUUGUUAUUGAAGAUCGGAUGGCUACUGCAGAAGAGGACGAGGCACCAAAAACAGAGCCCUACUAUGAAAGCAAGAAUGAGCUUCUUCAGCAGCUUAGAUUCCUCUCACAAGAUAGCCAGCGACACCGAGCAAAAAAAGAGCGAUCGGUUCAAAAAUCAGCUUUUCGGGAUAUUCUAAACACUGUCGAGAGCAAUACAACUCCACUGGUGAAACUCAAGAUCAAGCAGGAGACACUGGAAUGCAAUUCAUGGAUCAAAAUUAGACGACUCAAUGCCUUGCGAGAUGCCAUUGGCGAGGGAUUUAGUGUGCAUUUGAGUGAAAACCAGACCGUACAGCAAAUUCUACACCUUUCAUUUGAUGGACCGACCAUGGGAAAAGUAACAUCAACAGAUCGACGUUUGUUUCAAUCCAUUAUUGGCAAAGCACGAACCAAGGCAUUGAAGGAAAUGAGAGGCAGUCGCACUUCUCUUAAAAUUGGCAACAACGACUGAUUGCAUCUCACCAAGUGAGCUUUUUUUCAUUUCUGCAUUUUUGGUUUCAUUAAACAUACAUAUUUUUGCAGGAUUC